UAGUGAUAUCCGUCUCGUCUUCACCAUCCAACGACAGCGUAUCGAGAAUUCAAUUUGUCAAGUGCCCGCUAUUUUAUUUCCGGGAGGGUGGUCGCUUCAGAUUGCUCAGAUGGAGCCGGAGAUGGCGAAUGAGCCUUCUCCGAUGGUUUCAGCUUCUUGACUUCCGUAUUUUCUUCUUCUUGAAUAUGUGAAUUUCUUAUUAAAGUCGUAGUUCCGAAGUUCAAGCUUUCCCUACUAUGGCGUCUCCAAUCACGUACUCUGUCAUCGACGACAAAGAUUUCGACGAUGCAGCUUUGUGGGCUGUAAUCGACUCUGCUGCUGCAGCUGCAUCUUCUUCCUCCUCGUCCUCUAAAUCUCGCAAGUCCCUAGCACUUAAUUGCAUCAAUAAAUCAAACCCUUCUCCGCCGCCAAAAUUCCCGAAAAGCCCUAGAACUCCAUACCAGGCGCAGCGAAAUUCUAGGGUUUUUAUCGAGGGUGAAGUAGUGCAGGAGCCAUGGGUGUUUCAACCUCCUCGGAAAAUUGCAAAGACACGUGCAACGGAAGUGAGCGAUAGCAGUCCUCUUGCGGUUGUCUGUAACAACGCGUUACGGACCCCACCUGCUCCGGUAUAUUUGUCUCCUGAAGCGUACUUGUCGCCGCAGAUUCGUUCUGGUUCUGAAGGUUCUCCAGGUUGUAGUAGAAGUGGGGUGAACGAGGAAAGGGAAAUGUCAAAGCAUAGCCUAUCUGGGCAGUUUCCUUCAGUCUCCCUCUUUAAGGAGUAUCAAAAUGCGGCUAUGGCGAUUUUAGAGAAAUCAGACUUUACCAUGAUUGCCGGGAACCCUUUCAUAAAAAAAUCAGGAUGGAGGAAGAUAUCAUUUUAUUUCAAUCUCUCUUUUGAAAUUAAGGACAAGACAAUAGAAUUUGAUGAGAACCGCAAUGUCCAGCGCGCUGAAUUUGUUGUUCGAGCGUAUAUGCAAGGUGGUAGAUUUUGUGAUGGAUGGGGCUCGUGUGAACGACGCGAGAAGAGAUUUAUAAAGCCAAAUCAUGAUGUUCCUAGCACAGCAGAAACCAGGGCAAAGAAUAAGGCAUGCCAGGAUCUGCUUGGCAUUGGAGAGUAUCGACCUGGAGCAUGCCAGGGGCAAAAGUAAAGACUUGCUAGAUUUAUCCACGCUGUAGAACUAAUCUAACUUGUAUUGUAAGGAGUUAGAUGGUAGCAAUCUUUAACAACAACAACAACAACAACAAACAUAAUAACUACAGAAGUUCACUGAAUGUAAGUUGCAACCAAGUUGAGAUCUCAAGGAAACAACAGUUAGUAAUGGAGAAACACCAUCUACCAGAGAGAAGUUCAUGGGUUAUUGUAAUGUUGUAGGCAUUUCCUUGUAUUUGGUAAAACUUUCAUAUCUUUUUAUAGAAAGUGAUUUUGAUGGUUUUGGUUAUACUUUUUCUUAUGUACUGGCUUUGCAAUAUGUAAUAAUAUAUGAUUUUCUGCCCCA